ACAACACAAGUCACCUUGAUAAAACAGGUAGUUCAGUCCAUUUCUGCACCAUGCUGGUUAGAACUGACGGAAGGACAGUCACACAAUUUGUAAGUUAGAUCAUUCUAGAUAAAAAUAUUCUAUAUCUUAUUGCGUGUUGACAGCCUGUCAUUACGGUUAUUGUGAAAAUGUUCACAUCGUGCUUCCUGUUUCAAAAAGAAGAAAAUCUUCUAGUCUGAGUUGUCUGCCUGAACUCGCCAAGCACCGACUGGAAAAGUUUACCAUUUUGUAGUUGGCAGAGCAUAAAGCUCAAAAUCCACGGAUGCCAAAAAAGGACUCGUGAGAUCGAUAUUUCUUUGUCAGUGCAGAUUCACCCAUUGAUCAAGCUCACGGUUUAACGUGAAUGCUGCUCUGAAGAUUUCUUUUCACAUAAGCGAAAAAAAGAAAAAAAACGCCGAUUUCCCUUUAGUUCAAGUUCCUCCUCUGGUAAAGAUUGAAAUGCUGCAACAGCGUCGGGUGGGCGUAUUACCAAAAAUUGCCAUCUGCAGCUUAAUCACCGGCCUCAUGUUCGUCGGCAUGAUUGGUAUCAAUAACUUCAUAUCAUCGCCGGCUACAAAAGAUUUAAUUAAAAGAAAGAACUUUACCCUCAUCACUGGGGCAAAUACCGGAUACUUCAAACGAGGAUUAAGAAAUUUCAUCGGCUCUAUCCACUUCUGGGAGCCCUACCGUAAGAUUGUGGUGUACGACCUGGGUUUAACUCCUGAUGAGGUCACUGAAGUUAAAACCUGGUGUAGAGUCACUUACGAGCGAUUCGACUUCAGCGAAUACCCAAAGCACGUGUCCGACUUGCACCAGUUCGCUUGGAAACCUUUGGUCGUACAAAAAGCGUUAGAAAAAUUUGGAAAGAUUUUAUGGAUUGACGCAGGGACUGAAUUCAGAGGUCCACUAAAUGAAAUAGAAAAGCUUCUCGAACAGGACGGUCACUUUUUCGUUCAAAGACAGGACUUCGAUAUGACACGGCUGAUUGCGGAUGGCAUGUAUAAGGCUCUUCACGUGAAGAAAGAGGCAUUUUGGGGAAACCCUUCCUACGCUGGGGGUCUGACCGGUUGGACCAAAGACGGACUAGCUCACAGGCACAUUUUGACUCUAUGGGUAAAGUGUGCCCUAAACAAAGACUGCAAUUCCCCAAGGGGUGCCUCCAAAAAUAACCAUCGCUUCGACCAGGCAGCCCUUAGUGUACUGAUUCAUAGCGCGAAAGGCGUAUGCGUCCGAGCACAUAGUGAAUUUGUAACCCAUAUCCGCAGCGAAGUGCCCGCAAAUGAGAACCAGCCGACGACACGGGUGCUGUUCACAGCGCGGCAAAGGUCGGUGACUUACGUCAAACGUAUCAAAAAGUGUGGUGGGGCAAUUGACAAUCACUAGACAAACUUCAGUGCAUCUUUGAUCUAUUCCGAACCACAUCAAGCCUUGCAAAAAUAUAUAUACAAACUUAUCAGUGGAAAAUUUUUGGUUGAAAAACUCUGAAGCUUAGAAGAUUAGCCCUUGACUUGUUUUAAAACAUUCUUUAUAUAUGUAAUAUUCUUAAUUUGUCGUGUUCAACUUGCACAAAAUAUUGGGACAUACCUGCAACGAUUUCAAUCUCAUGUCAAGGAGAAGUCAUAUAUUAGUGUAAAG